UCACAGACUCACGAUUGACAAAGCAGUAAAUGAAGAGUCAAAUAAAUCAUUAAAUGAAGCAAUGACUGAAGGUUAUCAUGAUGCAAUGACUGAAGGUUAUCAUGAUGGUAUUAGUCACAGAUUUAUGCUUGACACAGACUCUUUUGAUGAAGAAUCAGAUUUUUCUUCACUUAAAAUAGGUUAG